AUCUCUUUGUGGAUUGCGAGCAUCGGAUGCGGUGACAUUUGGAACCUUAGCGCGCAAGGCACCUGUGGAUGCAGCUAACACCCCCUGAUGGUUGGACUCAAAUCUUUUGCCAAGAAAGGAUUCACCACGAGAUUUAGUUGAUAAUCGUCGCGGUUUCGGUCAGACACUCUGCAGUUUUAGACGUGAAGCGCACCAUGCUGCUGAGAGUUUCCUUCCUGGUGCUUCCCCUGCUAAGCAUUACCGGCUGCGGCUCGUCGUACGUGCCGUGCGAGCCGUGCGAUCAGAAGGCCCUGUCCAUGUGUCCGCCGGUGCCGGUGGGCUGUCAGCUGGUGAAGGAGCCCGGCUGCGGCUGCUGCCUGACGUGCGCGCUCGAAGAGGGCCAGCCGUGCGGCGUGUACACCGGGCCGUGCACGCGCGGGCUCCGCUGCCUGCCCAAGAACGGCGAGGAGAAGCCGCUGCACGCGCUCCUGCACGGCCGGGGGGUGUGCAGGAACGAGAAGUUGUAUAAACUGCUGCAUCCGUCAAAAGAUGAAUCUAACGAUGACACCCUGCUGCCCGUCCCCGAGUCAAUGCUGCCCCAAACCAAGGUGCCCUUAUAUGGAAGAGACCACAUCAGCAGUCGGAAGUUCCAGGCCAUGAAGCAGGCCAAGGACCGCAAGAAGCAGCUGGCCAGGGUGGGACAUGCCAGCAAUCUGGACUUCUCACCGCUAAGCCUGGACAAACUGGACCCCGAGUUUGGGCCCUGCAGGAGAAGAUUGGAUAAUCUCAUUCAGAGCAUGAAAGACACUUCUCGGGUCUUGGCUCUCUCUCUGUACAUCCCCAACUGUGACAAGAAGGGUUUCUUCAAGCGCAAGCAGUGUAAACCAUCUCGUGGUCGAAAAAGGGGGAUCUGCUGGUGCGUCGACCGGUUUGGCGUGAAAAUCCCCGGCAUCAACUACGCCGGAGGAGACCUGCAGUGCAAAGAUCUCGACAGCAGCAGCAACAGCAACGAAUGAGAGUCCAAGUGGCCGUACUCGUUGAGCCCUGUUCCUCUGAGAACCUGCCAAUCAAGCUAGCACACGUAAUGACUGCCAAUCAGGAAAAUAUGGCACAAAUGCUUCUAUAUGGUCAGGUGUGAUGGACUGCGUUAUUGUUUUGUUUUUUUGUUUUUCGAAGGGGAGCCAAACUGAAAAGCUUGCUUAGAUGAAAGUCUGCACAUGUGGGUCUUAACUCUGGCUCCCCACUGACUGUGUACUAUGUUUGAGGUUAGCUAACACCUCUUCUCUUUAUAUCCAUAGAUAAUAGAGAAUUAUAUAUAUUUGUAUGAUAUUGAUAACCUGUUGUGUACUGAGUCUGCGUGGCAAGUUCUAUAUUCCUAAAUUUACUCCAAGAAAUAGACAUAUUUUAAAUGAUGAAUUAGCAAUGUUUUACUAACUGUUAUUUGUGUGAAUGACAUGGCAUGUAAGAGCCCUCAACCUACUGUCACUGAACACUAUCCUACUUGCAGGAGACUAAGCAGGAAAAGAGGGGGGAGGAUUCUGCAGGAGACUGGGUGUUUUAUACCGUCAGUGUGGGCAGGGGACAGGCAGAAUGAGCUGAUAGCCAUUUCUUAGCUAGGGAAAAGCAAGGGGAAACGACUAGCCUGGAUCUGUCUGAAGGGGACGAAAUCAUCCUGUCAGCACCUCUAAAAAUCACUAAUUAACAUGUUAUAUGUUGUUUGUUGAAUCCAUACAAAAACCAGUGUAAAAAUGCCAUUUUAUGGGGGAGUUGUGUACCGCUCUGUUUCUUGGCUGGGAGCAGUCACUUCCCUUCGUCUCUGCAGGUUGUCUGGAGAAAAUAGAAAUCCGUGCUCAGAGUUCAGCAUUAAAUUCUAGGAAAUCAAAUCAGAAACUAACAACAGUAUGCUUAUGAUUUAUGGAACUGUUUUUGCCAGUUAGAGAUGCUUAUUUUCUCAUUUAGUUCUGGUCUAAAACUUUGCCCUCACAGUGCACUUAGCAGUAACUGUAGCUCAUUAUUUUUUGCCACUGUCAGAUGAGCCUUGUUUGCUUCUACUUGUCAAAUGUUAUGUUCACUGGUGAAGCAGGUUGUAUUUUGGACAAUCAAACCCGUCUCAAUGCCGAAUUAGCAGAUUUAAAAAUUUUCCGUAUUCACUGUUGGUGCUCACUAGAUUUCCUGCUCUAAGCUCAGAAAGGCUCAAAGUGCUUUCAUGAACAAGCAAUUAGGAUAAAACCUCACUCAUAAACAAAUACUGUGCUGUAACAGGUUAGAUAUUUGACUUUUGAAAGGUCAUUUUCAAGUCCUGACAACUGUGUCCACUGUUUGUUAAUGGACUUAGUGUGUGUGUGUGUGUGUGUGUGUGUGUGUGUGUGUGUGUGUGUGUGUGUGUGCAUGCUCUUGAGUGUGUGUAUGUGCCAUGCCCGUAUAGUUCUCAACUUCAAAUAUCUCUGAUUUUAAAUUUGUAUGAGCCCAGCCUACCCAAGCUACCAGCCAGCAAACGUGGCGCUGUGCUUUUCCCUCCACAACUCGCACCCAAAUCAUAUGCAAAGGCCCCACGUUGCUUAUUUUUCCAUGUGUAGGGUCUUCACUGCCACCACACAGGCAAAUCCGUCGGCUGAUAGUGACUUGCUCUCAGGGCUCAUCCGGUCCUUUAUCCAGCAAAGAGCAAGGUCGCUGAGUUUGUAUGUAAAUUCAAGUGCCUUCUGCCCCACGCCACUUUGAAUUUUGAUUUGCAUGUGGAUCCAUGGUUGUUGAAUGCGGGAGAAAAGAGGAAACAAAUUUCAGGUGUGGAUGUGGUCUGGAACAAUUCUUUUUUGGUUUUCAGUUGGUUGCUGACAAAGAUUAUCAUGAUCUUCUAGUCAAGCGCUGCUGAACGUACGAUGACGGCGGACAAAUCUCUUUGUUCUAUUGUUAAAAAUUUGGUCCUUUUUGUUAUUGUUGUUGUUAUUGUUAUUGUUGUUAUAAUCUUAAUGUUCAGUUAACGACUCUUAUAAUCUCAGACAUUCCUAAUGUCAAAUCACUAUAUUGUGAUAUUAGGAGAGCUUUGACAGGGGCUCAUCAGCCUUUUCUUCCCAAUACAACACCUCUCUUGUGCUGUUGAUUCUUGCACACAUGUAAACACAACACAGUGACACUUUGAACAUUUCAGAAUCUCAAUUUUAAAAAAAGAUUAAUGUGAACAUUAUGGUGAAAUAUUUAUCAGGCGUGUAAUUGAUGUACUCGUUUUGUUUUGUUUUUUUAAACGACAAAAUCACUAUUUAAAUAAAG